AAAUACCAAACAGCCAAAACCCUGUUUUGGUAUCUAGGUUGAAUCUAGUGAGAGAAAGAGUGAGAGUUCUUACACAGAGAGAGAGAGAGAGAGAAAGUGAGCUCCUCAUCCAUUUCAACUGUAGGUCCAUAAAUCUCAAGGAAAAAGAGAAGAAAGUUCAUAGAAGAACACCAAAGAACCCAUUUCUAAUUCUCUUCUGGGCUUUCAAAUUUCCAGUUUCUCGGCAACAAAUUCAGCCUCCCCCCCACUGCAAUACUUUCUCUAUCUAGAACCUCUCAGAUCCAUGGUUGAUUCAUUGUCUUUGUGAUUGUUUUAUGGUUCUAGGGUUGUAGUUUAGUGGUUGCAACUUUGCAACUUGCAAAGCAUGACGGAUACAGACACUGACAUACCUCUAUUUGAGAAUGUGGUGGGCUGUGAAAAUGGAGUUCGGCAAGAACUUCCAACUGCUGGGGAAGAAGUUACGGUUGACAAGUCUGAUUGGAUACCCAAUGGCAGUACCACUAUUGAUGAAGUGCAAGGGGACUUUGAGAGUGCUGUGAUUUUGAAGGACGAUGAAGCUGUUGAAACUUCUAUCCAAGAGGUUGGAGAUAAACCAACAAUGCCUCUAUAUAGCAAUGGCAGUGCUGGUUCUAAGGAAUCCAAAGUUAAAAAUUCUGCAGAGCACAAGAGUGAAAAACCACAGAAAGCUCCUGGAAAGCUCAAAAAUGGGAAGCCUUCAAGCACUGGACAUACUGUGGGUUCUGGACUAAAGAAAGGCAACGAUGGAAAACACGGUUUAUCUAGCUCUGUUAUUUCGAAUGGGACCAUCACUUCAGAACCACUGUCGAAACAACCUACUGCUCUCAGUGCAAAGAGCAAAUCAUUUAAUGAGAGGAAAGCUAUUGAGAGAAAUCCUAAGCCAGCACCUUCUAUCGCGAAGGCUAAUCAUUCUAAGCAGACUGAUAAAACAUCUUCCCCAAGUGAUGCACAGCCCGAAGGCCUUGAGGAAAAACCUAAAGUGAAGCCACUGAAGACAGACCCUCCAAAUAAAGCUGAAGUUCCAGCCGAAUCUUCUGUAAGUCCUACUGCUGCAGAUGCCAAGUCGCAUAGAGUGGGUGCACUUCCAAGAUAUGGUUUCAGUUUCAAGUGUGACGAAAGGGCCGAGAAAAGGAAAGAGUUCUACUCUAAACUCGAGGAAAAGAUCCAUGCAAAGGAAAUGGAGCAGAAUAAUUUGCAAGCUAAGUCUAAGGAAACACGAGAAGCUGAGAUCAAAAUGUUUAGAAAGACCUUAUCAUUCAAAGCAACUCCAAUGCCAAGCUUCUAUCAGGAACCUCCACCUCCGAAGGUGGAGCUGAAAAAGAUUCCUCCUACAAGACCCAAAUCUCCCAAGCUUGGUCGGAAAAAAGGGUCUCCUAGUAGGGAAGAGAACAAUGACAACAGCACACGCCCUAGUAGGUUGAGCUUAGAUGAAAAAGGGCCCCGGGAUAGUCCUGCCAAGGGACUUUCUCUUGUUAAUGCUAAAAGGACUCAACGGAAGUCCCUUCCUAAGUUGCCAUCUCAGAAUACCAACUUAACCAGUGAAACAAAGAAAUCUUUCAAUAGCAAGACGAGCCUGUCCAAGGAGGCCAUUGAUGUUGCUUCUCCUCCAAUUACCGAAGCUGCAUCUCAUCAAAAUAGCACAUUUAAGGAGACCAAUGAAACCGGAACUGAUGUUCAGAAACAGGAGGCAACCAUUGUCGAGCCAAAGGAAAACGAUGAAUCUUGUUUUGAUGGUCAAGGACAGAGGACUGUGGUGCAGGAAUCUAUUGCUGUGGACCAUUAAUAGCAAGAACCGGAGGCACAGUUAUAUUUAUUAAGCAGCUGAAAAUCACGCUUUGCCUAAAAUAUUGGAAAAUACGAAUAAGGCUCGAUUCAUUAUAAAAAUGAAGGUUUUAAAACUGUGUCUAGUUGGGCAUGAUGUGUUGUUUUAUCCACAGUCGGAGAUGAGGCUUGGUUUCUGAUGUGUAUUUUCUUAUGAAAUUCAUGAGUGUGGCACUUGGAACUGCAAGCAAUUGCAAGGUUACCAAAUUUGCAAUUUGUUGGUCUUAGUCUUAUGGUUUAGAACUUUAGAUGUAUUCUAGUUUAUAUUUACUCUAGUGAAAAUAUUUUUGAAAUUUUGCCUCGAAACAUUUUAAGAUCCAAGUCUUCAUCAGUUUCAGAAGUUAGGCAAGCAUGUUAAGUCUGUACUGGCCUGUUGAAACUGUGAUGAACAGAGAACUACUGUUUGUUAAUUGCAGUGUAUCUAUAUUUGCUUAAUAUC